GACAAAAAAAGGCAACAGGACGAUGACACAGAUUAUAGAGUCGAAUUCUUAUUGAAUUAUCUCAUGAAAACGUUAAAAAUGAAAAUGGAGAAAUGGAACAAGAUGUGGUCAACUGACGAAUAUGCUAGAAUCAUUCUGAAUUUUUUUAAUAACCCAAACGUGCCCAGACUGAUAAUGAUAACUAGUGCAGCCGGCCAACUGAUGCCGGUCACAGAAUUUCCCAAUAAUCUUAAGACAAAGUCGUCAUACUUCAUUCGGAAGAAGAAAGAGGUCGUAACUCGAGAUAAUAUUAGAGAAGUUCUCCUUAUUGGUGAUAUGUCACCAAAGCCCGUAGAAGAGAUCGCUGUGUUGGUGGAAGAAGUAUUUUUACCGGUCUUGUCAAAUCCCGCAAAUCAAACUAAAUGGCCCGCUGUUAUUGCUGCAGAUAUUACGAAGCACGUGUAUGCAUUCAGAAACAAAGUCUACCAGAUUAAAGGAGCAUUGAAAAGCCAAACUCUUUUGCCAAUGCCGACGGGCGUUGAACGAAUAUACGAAGCUACGUUAUUACUACAGCAGUCGCAUGGUAAAGAAGUGGAUCUGUCUCUGAAGACGGCAAUUGAAGGUGCAGUCUUGCAAUGGGCAUCACUAUGUAACGACGUACUACAACAAACGUCAGAUGCGGCAUUUGCUCACGGCCAAAAUCCCAUCCCAUCAGCGGAAAUUAAUUUUUGGAACUCCAGGUUGAAGAAUCUGGAGAGCAUUUUUGAUCAACUACGCGAUCCCAGAGUUAAAAGGAUGGUGCUUUACUUAGAGCUAGCGGGUAGCUCUUACUUGUCCUGUUUUAAGUGCGUGUUUCAAGAUGUGGUCGCGGGAGUAAUUGAAGCUAAAAAUAUUUGCCUCUAUUUAAAGCCGAUGAAAACUCACUUUGAGAAGUUUGAAGACGGGGAGUUCUUGGAAAGCGAGCCCUACAUUAGACCUAUGGUUCAUUGCUUAGGUUUGCUAUGGGCAAAUUCGUGUUAUUACUGUACAAACACGAAAAUCACAACUUUACUCAAAGAAGUGGCAAAUUUGUUUAUUAGCGCUAUUACCGCGCAACUAGAUCCAUCGACAAUCUUUCAAGGGGAACCCGAAGAUAUGGUUAAGAAAAUUAACACUUGUCUAAGACUGAUUAACAUAUUUCGCAUUUCUUUCGAAGAAGUUCGCGCAAAUCUCGCCUCCUAUUUUAAGACACCAGAUAUUCAACCUAAACCGUGGACUUUUCACCAAAGAACCGUCUUUCAAAGACUAAUGGAUUUUGUGGAAAGAUUGGAAUUGGUGAAAUCAAUCCUUCUGGCAGCGAUCGAGUACCAGAAACUCGAAAGAAUCGAAAUCGGCGGGAUUAAGGGUAGAUUGCUGUCGAAACGGUGCGAAGAUCUGCUCGAGGAGUUUAAUUAUGCGUACGCGAACUUUGUUACAAUCCAGUAUGACCUACUCGAUCCCUUGCACAUGGCCAUUGUUGCCGAAAAUGAGCAGUUCUUAAUUAAGUGUAAUGAUAUGGAUUCGAGAUUGGCGUCCAUUUUUGAACAGGUUUUAGAUGAUUGUCACAACCUGGAGAGCAUCUUCAAAUUUGUUAAUAUUGCCAAUACAUUAGUCGAGAGGCCCAUUAUAUAUAACGCAAUUAAAGAUAAAUUCUACAAAAUAAUUGAAAUAUUUAAUCGAGAGCUAGACACAGUAAAAGAGGUGUAUGAUGAAGGCAAAAGGGAAGGUGUACCAAUUAAUAACUACUUUCCACCAACUGCCGGCGUUUUGUGUUGGUUGCACAAACUACGCCAGCGGAUCGUGAAACAGGGCGAAGAUUUCAAGAUGUUUCAGAACAAACUCGUGGAAUCACCGGACGCCCUUGAAGCUUUCAGCAAAUGGGAAGAAAUGCAACACAUUCUUGACGCAGAAGAAGCGCGUGUUUUAUCGCUUUGGUCUCAGUCGAUUCCUUCCCAAAUUACAGCGAGCCUAUCAAAAAUGCAACUUUUCAAAUCCGGAGAACAAAUCUCCGUCAAUUUUGACAAAGAGCUGGAGGCGAUCUUGAGAGAAGUAAAAUAUAUGAAGUUAUUAGGCAUCGAAAACAUACCCGAGGUUGCAUUGGCACUUUACGAAAGAAAUGAAGAGCUAUUCAUUUCGAUGCAACAUUUAAAUAAUAUUUCGGAGUGGUACAAUCAUCUUAAAAACAAGUCCCUACCGGUAGAAUAUGAAUUAAUUAGAAGCGAGGUAGAGGAGUUGGACCUUCGUUUAGAUGAACUGAUUUAUCAACUGAAUUGGACCACCGACAAUUUCGAACUUAUCAAAACUAUAUAUGACGCGCUAAAACAAUUAUACGAUCGCGUUAUGGAAGCACAGCGUAAUGUGAACAAUAUAAUCGCCGAAAUAAACUUAUGGGGCGAAGAACCGCUGUUUGAAAGGAAAGAUCGUAACAGCCAUUGCUUGCUAUAUGUAGAGGAUAGAGUGGAACGGGUGCACAAACGAUAUUCCCAAAUAACUGCCACUUCAUUGUCCAUAGAAAAGGUCAUGGAGCUCAAUUACAAGUUAUUUUUUAAUAUUCCAGACCCACCGCCUGAUCCUGUUGAAGAGCCAAAGGUUGAAGAGCCUCCCCCAGAACCCGUAAAAGACAAGAAAGAAAAAGAUAAAGGCAAAAAAGCGGCCGAUAAGGGCAAAAAGCAAAAAACUGAAGAAGAGGAGAAACCGGUUGAGGAACCUCCAGUGGACGAACAAGCAUUGAGGCGCUUAAAUCUUUGGGAACCCUACGAAGCGUUCAUAGAUGAAUUGGUCUCACAGUCGUUAAGGCAAGCCGUCUCCGUUAGUUUGGAAUUGCUGGUGAAGGCAACGGAGUCAAACCCAAAUUUGUACCCGUUAUUUGAAUUAUUGUUAAAACUGAUUGACACAAAUGUGGUAUUCAUACCUUCGAUAGAUCUCGAAGAUACCGACAAUUUUUUAAGUUUCGUCGAGUCGCUAAUUGAAGACAUGCGCAAAAUGGGGAUAUUUAUGAAACGAGUUAAGAAAAAUGCGGACCCCGAUUAUUUUAAUGACGUGUGCGAGGAUCCCGAAAUAACGAGCAUGAUGGAGAUAGUGGUGAGCCGUGUUACACAAGCCAUGGAGUUGGCGAUGGAAUACACUACGGUUUUCGACGAUUUCUCCAACUUAUGGUUGGACAAUCGUCAAGAAUUCUUAAGGCAAUUUCUUCUGUACGGACGUCCUUUAACAGCAGAGGAGUUAGACAUUGAGCAAGACGAAACGAGCGGUGGCCUGAAAUCGACGCCGCCCAUAGUUAGUCAAUUUAAAGAACAAAUCGACUUCUUCGAAGAAAUGUAUAAAACUGUCGAGCAACUUGAAACCGAAAAAAUUAUACUCGGCUGGCUACGCAUCGACGCCAGACCGAUACGUCAAGCGAUAUUAAAUACUGUUGGAAAAUGGGGCAACAUGUUCAAGCAACACCUUUACGACCACGUCAUAAACAGCAUAAGUGAACUGGAAAACUUCAUACAAGAGGCCAUUGCGGGGAUGCAGGUACAACUGACCGAAGACGAUUACGAGGGUCUUUUAAAAGUGAUGGCUUUCCUGGUAAAAAUUAGAGACAUGCAGGCGGCUACCGACGUCAUGUUUGGCCCGUUGAAAGAUAUUAUUGCUUUGCUGAAAGAUUAUGGGGUAGAAUUUUCGGAAGAAACCUACGUACAGCUGCAAGAACUUCCCGAUAAGUGGCUCACCUGCAAAAAGGUUGCAGUACAAACUAAACAAGCAGUAGGCCCAUUACAAACCAUUCAAAUCGCAGCAAUUAGAAGGCGAAUAGCAUUAUUCGACGUUCGUCAGGCGAUGAGCAGGGAUGCAUUCCGAAAGAUGCCUUUCUUCCUUUGGGGUUGCCAACAUGUGUACGCGUUGUUUGAUAAGGUGCACAAGGAGUUGUCCGACUUUGAGGUCGAAUUGAAGAAACUGAGCGAGCAGUCGAAUUUGUUCGACUUACAAAUGUCCGAAUAUAAGUCUUUGAAGGUUACCCGUAAAGAGUUGAAGCAAAUUAAGCAACUGUGGGAUUUUGUUAACAUCGUCAUGUCGUCAAUUAAUGAAUGGAAGACGACGCCUUGGAAGAAAAUUGACGUCGAGGGUAUGGAAAUGGAACUGAAGAAAUUCGGAAAGGAGACCAGGCUCAUGGACAAAGAGGUGAGGGGAUGGAACGUGUACAUUGAAAUGGAGGCAACGAUCAAGAAUAUGCUCACUUCCCUUCGUGCAGUCACAGAGUUACAAAAUCCUGCAAUUCGAGAUCGCCACUGGAUUCAACUCAUGCAAGCCACAAAGGUCAAAUUUGUCUUAGACGAUGAAACAACACUGAGUGAUCUUCUCGACUUGAACUUGCACGAAUACGAAGAAGAGGUCAAAACAAUCGUCGACAAGUCCGUAAAGGAAAUGGCAAUGGAAAAAUCUCUCAAGGAAUUCAACCAAAACUGGAACGUACUCGAAUUUGAUACCGAAAUACACGAUCGAAGCAAAAUAAGAUUGUUGAAAAUCGCCGAAGAAACGAUAGAAAUUCUUGAAGACAAUCAAGUGCAGCUGCAAAAUAUGAUGACCUCGAAAUUUAUACAGUUCUUUCAAAAGGAAGUUUUGGAGUGGCAGCAAAAGUUGUCUAACGCCGAUCAGGUUAUACAGGUAUUCUUCGAAGUGCAAAGAAAGUGGUGCUACUUGGAGAGUAUUUUUAUUGGAUCUGAAGAUAUCAGGGCACAGUUGCCGGAAGAUUCGAAAAGGUUCGACAAAAUUGACCGGGAAUUUAAAGAGAUUUUGAAUGAAAUGGUUAGGACCUUAAAUAUAGUUAGGGCGACCAGUAAACCAGGUUUGGCAACGCGAUUGGAGCGAAUCUUGGAUGAUUUGCUCUUGUGCGAAAAAGCCCUAAAUAAUUAUUUGGAAACCAAAAGAUUGGCGUUUCCUAGGUUUUACUUUGUGUCAUCUGCGGAUUUAUUAGAUAUAUUAUCGACCGGAAAUCAGCCACCUUUGGUGGCCAGGCAUUUGACCAAGCUCUUCGAUUCGUUGGCCAAACUGCGAUUUGCGAUGGAAGGUGGAAAGGAGAGUAAGAGGUCGAACGCGAUGGGGUCCAAAGAAAACGACGAAUGGGUACCUUUUUUGAACCAUUGCGAUUGUAGCGGAAAAGUUGAAGUGUGGUUAAACCGGGUUAUUGACAUUAUGCGAGUAACAUUACAUCGGUCAUUUAGCGAAGCGGUAACGUCGUACGACGAGAAACCAAGAGAACUUUGGAUUUUCGACUAUCCGGCCCAACCGGCUCUGUGUGGCACACAAAUAUGGUGGACGACGGAAGUGAACAUUGCUUUCGCUCGAUUGGAAGAGGGGUACGAGAACGCACUUAAAGACUAUCAAAAGAAGCAGAUUGCGCAACUAAACGCGCUAAUCACUUUACUGUUAGGGGAUCUCACGGUAGGAGAACGGCAAAAGAUUAUGACCAUCUGUACAAUUGAUGUGCACUCACGGGAUGUUGUAGCAAAAAUGAUUCAGGUUAAAGUUGAAAAUUCGCAAGCCUUCCAGUGGCAAAGUCAGCUCAGACACCGCUGGGAUACCAAAGUCAACAACUGUUUCGCCAACAUUUGCGACGCUCAGUUUCUUUAUCAAUACGAAUAUUUGGGGAACUCGCCAAGACUAGUAAUCACUCCUCUCACUGACCGCUGUUACAUAACUUUAACGCAAAGUUUGCAUUUAAUUAUGGGAGGAGCGCCGGCUGGUCCAGCCGGAACUGGCAAAACCGAAACGACCAAAGAUUUGGGCAAGGCUCUCGGAAUGAUGGUGUACGUUUUCAAUUGUUCGGAGCAAAUGGACUAUAAGUCAGUUGGAAAUAUAUAUAAAGGAUUAGCGCAAACUGGGACGUGGGGGUGCUUUGACGAAUUUAACCGAAUCUCCGUCGAAGUGUUAUCGGUAGUUGCUGUACAAGUAAAAACGAUACAAGACGCCGUUAAAGUAAAGAAGGCCAGAUUCAACUUCUUGGGCGAGGAAAUUUCUUUGAUUCCAACGAUCGGAAUCUUCAUUACGAUGAAUCCUGGAUACGCCGGCAGAACGGAACUUCCCGAAAAUCUGAAAGCUCUAUUUCGACCUUGCGCAAUGGUCGUUCCCGAUUUUGCGCUCAUUUGCGAAAUAAUGUUAGUCGCCGAGGGAUUUCAAGAGGCUCGACUGCUCGCGAGAAAGUUUAUUACUCUCUACACGCUGUGUAAGGAAUUAUUAAGCAAACAAGACCAUUACGACUGGGGUUUGCGCGCAAUAAAGUCGGUACUGGUGGUCGCGGGCGCGCUGAGACGGGGCGACAGAUUGCGGCCCGAAGAUCAGGUGCUGAUGAGAGCUUUGCGAGAUUUUAACAUUCCGAAGAUAGUUACGGAUGACGUCCCCGUUUUCAUGGGACUUAUUGGAGAUUUAUUUCCGGCUCUCGAUGUCCCGAGGAAGCGAAGUUUAGAAUUUGAAAAGUUGGCGAAAGCUUCGGCUGUGGAUUUGAAAUUGCAACCCGAGGAUGGGUUCAUUUUGAAGGUGGUGCAGCUUGAGGAGUUGUUUGCAGUUCGUCAUUCGGUAUUUGUGUUGGGAUUCGCGGGAACUGGCAAAACGUGUGUUUGGAAAACUCUAAAUAGAACGUACUACAAUCAAAAAUUGAAACCGUAUUACAAUGAUCUAAAUCCUAAAGCGGUGACAAAUGACGAACUGUUUGGAAUUAUUAAUCCAGCUACCCGCGAAUGGAAAGACGGGCUGUUUUCGGUUAUAAUGAGAGAUCAAGCGAACAUGUCCGGAGAUGGGCCAAAGUGGAUAGUCUUAGAUGGUGAUAUUGACCCGAUGUGGAUAGAAUCGUUAAAUACCCUAAUGGAUGAUAAUAAAGUCUUAACGUUAGCUAGUAACGAACGCAUUGCCUUAACCAGAGCAAUGAGGCUCCUCUUUGAAAUUGCAAACUUGAGGACCGCCACUCCAGCUACGGUAUCGCGAGCUGGAAUUCUCUACAUAAAUCCGGCUGAUUUAGGCUGGAAUCCCUACAUAGCGUCUUGGAUUGACACCAGAAAUGAAAACGAGAAAGCAAACUUAAUGAUACUGUUCGAUAAAUAUAUCCCCCCUUGUUUAGAGAUGGUAAAGACAAAGUUAAAGAAAAUCACACCUAUCGUCGACAUUGCGCAUAUCCACAUGCUUUGCUUUUUACUUGACUGCUUUUUGACAUACCAAAAUGUACCGCCAGAAUGCCCAAAAGAAUGGUACGAAAUUUACUUCGUGUUUGCGCUAAUUUGGGCAUUCGGAUCGGCUCUAUUCCAAGACCAAAUAAUCGAUUGGAGAAAUGAGUUUAGUAAAUGGUUUACCAACGAAUUUAAGACCGUUAAAUUUCCCACUGCAGGAACCGUCUUCCAUUACUAUAUUGAUCAGGAAACGAAAAAGUUUAUGCCUUGGAGCGAUCUGACCCCGAGCUUCGAGCUGGAUCCCGAUAUACCGUUACAAGCGACGUUAGUUAAUACGGCAGAAACCGUCCGUGUGCGAUACUUUAUGGACAAACUGAUCGCUCACAAGCAUCCCGUGAUGUUAAUCGGAGGAGCAGGCAGUGGUAAAACCGUUUUGGUGUCCGACAAGCUCUCGUCUCUCUCUGAAGGGUAUGCAGUUACGAAUGUGCCCUUUAAUUUCUACACCACUUCAGAAAUGUUGCAAAGGGUGCUAGAAAAUCCUUUAGAGAAAAAGGCCGGGAGAGUGUACGGACCACCUGGCACAAAAACAAUGAUCUACUUUAUCGACGACAUGAACAUGCCCGAAGUUGAUAAGUACUUCACCGUUCAGCCGCACACAUUACUUCGCCAGUGGAUGGACUACCAGCACUGGUACGACAGACAGAAGUUAUCGCUCAAAGAUAUACACAACAUCCAAUUCAUAUCGUGUAUGAAUCCAACGGCAGGCUCCUUUACAAUAGACCCCCGACUCCAGCGCCACUUUUGCGUUUUCGCCAUAAGCUUUCCAACGCAAGACGCCUGCUAUCAUAUUUACUCAAACAUAUUUUCACAGCACCUAACAAAUCCGCUUAACAAGUUUCCAUACUCCCUCCACUCCCUAAGCGUAAAUGUCGUUACUGCCGCAUUGACCCUGCAUUCGAGAGUUGCGCAAACAUUCCUGCCGACGGCCGUCAAAUUUCAUUACGUCUUUAAUCUGCGCGAUUUAUCCAACCUAUUUCAGGGAAUGCUUUUUGCUAACGGCGACACUGCACCUAACCAGUCGGCUUUGAUCCGUUUGUGGAUGCACGAAUCCUACAGAGUUUAUGGCGACAAAUUAGUGGAGCGCCGAGAUCAGGACACCUUCUCUAAGCUGGUGGUAGAAGUACUAAAAAAGGGAUUCGAAGAAUUGGAAGAGGUCGAAGUAAUGGCAAAGCCGUUAAUAUUCUGCCAUUUCGCCGACGGUUUAGGCGAUCCGAAAUAUUUGCCAAUUCAAAAUUAUACUGUUCUAACGAGAUUGUUAAACGAGGCUCUGGCCGGUUACAAUGAUUUAGUUUCCGCUAUGAAUUUGGUCCUCUUCGAAGACGCGAUGAAUCACAUAUGUCGGAUAAAUAGAAUUAUGGAGGCGCCGAGGGGGAAUGCGUUACUGGUGGGAGUUGGGGGUUCCGGGAAGCAAAGCUUGACUCGACUGGCGGCGUUUAUUUCCUCUUUGGAAGUAUUUCAAGUUCAACUAAAGAAGGGGUUUAAUAUGUCUGAUCUAAAAGCAAAUAUAGCGGCGCUUUAUGUUAAGGCUGGGCUGAAGAAUAUCAGUACGGUAUUUCUCAUGACCGACGCGCAAGUUGCGGAAGAGGCGUGGCUGGUGGUUAUAAAUGAUAUGCUAGCUUCAGGCGAGAUACCCGACUUACUGCAAGACGAAGAAGUGGAGAACAUACUAAACGUCGUCCGAGGUGAAGUAAAAGCGAGUGGGGUUGAUGACACGAAAGAAAAUUGCUGGAAAUUCUACAUACAGCGGUGUCGCAAACUGCUUAAAGUAGUAUUGUGCUUUUCACCUGUGGGCUCCACGUUGCGGAUUAGAGGAAGAAAAUUUCCCGCAGUUGUUAGUUGCACUGCUAUAGACUGGUUUCACGAAUGGCCAAAAGAAGCGCUUCAGUCUGUGUCACAAAAAUUUCUACAAGACAUCGAAGUUCUACCCAAACGCAUAGUGGAUUCGGUUUCCAACUUUAUGUCGUACGUCCAUUCGGUUGUUAACGACAUGUCGGUGGUUUACUUACAGAACGAAAAACGGUACAACUAUACCACCCCAAAAACGUUUUUGGAGCAAAUCUCUUUAUACUCAAAGUUACUCACCGAAAAAAUUAACUUUCUCGAAUACAGCAUUAUACGUCUCGAAAAUGGCUUGCUUAAACUGGCAUCGACUGCCGAGGAGGUUGACGGUUUAAAGGAAGUUUUGGCCGUGCAAGAAGUUGUGUUGGCCGAAAAAAAUGCGGCCGCCGAUAAAUUAAUUGUUGUUCUCGGUACUGAAAAUGAAAAAGUGGAAACGGAAAAAAAGAUUGCAACGGAAGAGGAAGAAAAGGUAAAAAUAAUCGAAGAGGAUGUAAGCGUGAAAGCGAAGAUUUGCGCGGCGGAUCUGGCAAAAGCCGAACCGGCACUUCUAGCCGCGCAGGAAGCUUUAAAUACAUUGAAUAAAAAUAACCUUACCGAGCUAAAGUCGUUCGGAACGCCUCCACCAGCGGUGGUAAAUGUCACGGCGGCAGUUCUAGUGUUAUUUUCGAAAGGUAAAAUUCCCAAAGAUCGUAGUUGGAAGGAAUGCAAAAUGAUGAUGGGAAAGGCGGAUCAAUUUCUGAAUGACCUAAUAUAUUACGACAAGGAGCAUAUGUCACCUGAAGUUGUAAAAGUGACACAAGAAUAUUUGAAAGACCCCGAGUUUCUACCAGAAAUUAUACUUGGCAAAUCUGCCGCGGCUGCCGGGCUCUGUUCGUGGGUAAUUAAUAUACUAAAAUUUUAUGACGUCUUUGUGGUGGUCGAACCAAAAAGGAGGGCACUAAACAAGGCAAAUCAGGAUCUCGAGGAAGCCAGAGCGAAGCUUGUCGCCCUAAAUAAAAAACUUGACGAAUUUGAACAAACAUUGAGCGUUUUAAGAAAUGAUUUUGAGGAGGCCACCGAUGCUAAACUAAAGUGUCAAGCAGAGGCGGAUGCCACCGCGUUGAUGAUAGAUUUGGCUAACAGAUUAGUAAACGGUUUGGCAUCAGAGAAAGUUCGUUGGAUCGCUUCGGUUGCAAAUUAUAAGGCAGCCGGUGUGACUAUGCCGGGUGACGUCCUACUAGUAACAGCAUUUAUCUCGUAUGUAGGUUGCUUUACAAGACGCUACCGGUUAGAAAUGAUGAAUCGUUACUGGUUGCCAUUUCUUCAGAAAUUAGACGUUCCAAUACCAAUGACCGAAGGUUUAGAUCCGCUUUCUCUUCUAACAGAUGAUGCUAGAAUAGCUAAAUGGAACAACGAAGGUCUACCAAAUGAUCGCAUGUCAUCGGAGAAUGCGACAAUUUUGGAAAAUUCGGCGCGUUGGCCUUUAAUGAUCGAUCCUCAGCUACAGGGAAUCAAGUGGAUUAAGAACAAAUAUGGUAGUCAGCUUACCGUAAUACGCCUCAGCAUGAAGAAUUACCUCGAUACUAUCGAGAGAUGCAUAAGUAACGGCCAGGUAAUUUUACUCGAAAACGUUGGCGAAACUAUCGACGCCGUCCUAGACCCUAUUCUAGGUCGCAUUCUCAUUAAAAAGGGCAAGGCAAUUAAAAUAGGCGACAAGGAUGUCGACUACGAUCCGAGAUUUCGGCUUAUUAUCCACACCAAACUGGCCAAUCCGCACUACAAACCGGAAAUUCAGGCGCAAACCACCCUAAUCAAUUUCACGGUGACGCGAGACGGACUAGAGGAACAGCUUCUGGCGGAAGUAGUGAAGGCGGAACGUCCCGAUUUGGAACACCUGAAGUCGAAUUUAACCAAACAGCAGAACGAUUUCAAGAUUACGCUUAAAACGUGCGAGGAUAAUCUGUUAGAACGACUUUCGUCGGCAACCGGAAAUAUUUUAGGAGACGUGGCACUCGUCGAGAAUUUGGAGAAAACCAAAAAGACGGCCGCGGAUAUUCAGAUCAAGGUGGCCGAGGCUAAAGUGACUUCGAUUAAAAUUGACGAGGCUCGUGAACAGUAUAGGCCCGCGGCUAUACGAGGAUCUUUGCUCUACUUUAUAUUAACAGAUCUCAACAGAAUCAACGCCAUAUACCAAUUUUCACUAAAAGCAUUCACGGUUGUAUUCCUAAACGCGCUGGUGAGGGCCGAUCCUGCCGAAAAAUUGACACAACGCGUACUAAACCUGCUCGACAGCAUCUCGUUUAUGGUCUUCAUGUAUACGAGCAGAGGACUGUUUGAAUGCGAUAAAUUAAUAUUUUUGGCUCAAAUGACUUUUCAAAUAUUACUCCGCGAGAACGACAUCCUACCGAGCGAAUUGGAUUUCCUCUUACGUUUCCCGGCGCUCACAGUGCACUCCCCAUUCGAUUUUCUCUCAAAUUUGUGUUGGGGAGGUAUCAAAGCCCUGUCAGGAUUAGAUGAGUUUAAAAACCUGGACAAAGACAUAGAAGGCUCCAUUAAUCGAUGGCGAAAGUUUGUCGAAAGCGAAUGUCCGGAGAAAGAAAAGUUUCCGGGUGAAUGGAAGAACAAAUCUGCCUUACAAAGGCUUUGCAUGAUGCGUGCCUUAAGACCAGAUCGUAUGACUUACGCGGUUAGCGCAUUUGUAGAUGAGAAACUGGGUAACAAAUACAUUGUCGCUCGAUCGGUACCAUUUGCAAAAUCGUACGAAGAGACCAGUAGUGCAACGCCAACGUUCUUCAUACUGUCGCCAGGUGUAAAUCCACUAAAAGACGUCGAAGCCUUGGGAAAACAAUUGGGAUUUACUUUUGAUAACGGAAAUUUUCACAGCGUUUCCCUAGGCCAAGGGCAAGAAAUUGUAGCCGAAUCCGCUAUUGACAUCGCGACCGAAAACGGCCACUGGGUUAUCCUACAGAACAUACACUUAGUUGCAAGGUGGCUUUCGAGUUUAGAAAAGAAAAUUGAGCAAACUAUGGAUUCGUCAAGUCCGGACUACCGGUUGUAUUUAAGCGCCGAGCCCAACAGCGAUCCCCAAAUUUGUGUGAUCCCACAAGGAAUACUGGAGUCAAGUAUCAAAAUAACUAAUGAACCACCUACUGGCAUGUUCGCAAAUCUACACAAAGCCCUAGACAAUUUUAACCAAGAGACAUUAGAAAUGUGCACCAAGGAAGCGGAAUUUAAAGCGAUCUUAUUUUCGCUGUGUUAUUUUCACGCCGUAGUCGCCGAGAGAAGAAAAUUCGGGCCUCAGGGCUGGAACAGAAAUUACCCGUUCAACGUAGGCGAUUUAACAAUCAGCGUAAACGUCUUAUAUAAUUACUUGGAAGGUAACACAAAAGUGCCAUGGGAUGAUUUACGAUAUCUGUUUGGGGAAAUAAUGUACGGCGGGCAUAUCACAGACGACUGGGACCGUCGCCUCUGUAGAACUUACCUAAUCGAAUUCAUGCAGUCUGAACUGCUAGAUGCCGAGCUGGAAUUUGCACCAGGCUUUCUGGCACCUCCCAACACCGACUACGUCGGCUACCAUCGUUACAUAGACGAUCGCCUCCCGCCCGAAUCUCCCUACUUGUACGGGUUACAUCCAAAUGCCGAAAUUGGAUUCCUGACGAACCUCUCGGACAACUUAUUUAAAACCAUUUUUGAACUGCAACCGCGCGACACCGGCAGCUCGAGCGGAAUAGGUAUAUCAAGAGAGGAUAAAGUGCGUUGCAUAAUAGAAGAUAUUAUCGAUAAGCUGCCGGAGGAGUUUCGAAUUGUAGAAAUGAUGGCCAAAGUGGAAGACCGGACACCGUUCAUUAUAGUCGCGUUUCAGGAAUGCGAACGUAUGAAUAUGCUCACCAAAGAGAUGCGCCGAUCCUUGAAAGAACUCGAGUUGGGAUUGAAGGGCGAACUGACAAUUACCUCAGUUAUGGAAGUUUUAGAAGAGUCGUUAUUUAUGGAUUAUGUACCCGAGAGUUGGGCGGUUAAGGCGUACCCCAGCAUGCUACCCUUAGGUCAAUGGGUUGGCGAUUUGUCGAUUCGAAUUAAGGAACUAGAAGGUUGGGUGGGCGACUUCCAGAUGCCACCUGCAGUUUGGUUGGGCGGAUUUUUCAAUCCGCAGUCAUUUCUAACGGCGAUCAUGCAACAGACCGCACGUAAGAAUGAAUGGCCCCUCGAUAAAAUGUGCCUAUUAACCGACGUUACGAAGAAACAAAGGGAAGAUUUAACGACGACGCCCCGAGAAGGUGCUAACGUAUGCGGAUUAUACAUGGAGGGUGCAAGGUGGGACACAGCAUCAGGUAGCAUAGCCGACUCUAAGCUUAAAGAUUUGUUUCCGGUUGUACCCGUAAUUUACAUUAAGGCAAUAACUCAAGAUAAGCAAGAUUUGAAAAAUAUGUAUGACUGUCCUGUGUAUAAAACGAGAUCGAGAGGACCGACAUUUGUCUGGACGUUUAAUUUGAAAACAAAAGAGAAGGCAACUAAAUGGACAUUGGCAGGUGUUGCAUUAUUGUUACAAGUUUAAAUUGUUAAGUUUUAAAGAUUUAAGAAUGUUGUAGUUAAAGA